GCUCGCGCGCGUGCAUCCCGCACCAUCCCCCGGUCCCCGGCCCCGGCCCGCGUCAGACCGAGCUGCCGCCGCCGCCGCCGCCGCCACAGCAGCAGCAGCGCUCGGGGAUCCGGGCCCAGCCGGGGCCGCGGGAGGCGGGGGCGCCCGGGCCCUGGAUGUCCCGCAGCGCGGCGGCCAGCGGCGGACCCAGGAGGCCUGAGCAGUAUUUGCCCCCAGCCCCGUGUGGGGCCCCGGGGCCCCCCGGAACCUCCAGGACGGAGCCAGAAGGGGCGGGCACCAUGAACAAGUUACGGCAGAGCCUGCGGCGGCGGAAACCAGCCUACGUGCCUGAGGCGUCACGCCCCCACCAGUGGCAGGCAGAUGAGGACGCGGUGCGCAAGGGGACUUGCAGCUUCCCAGUCAGGUACCUGGGCCACGUGGAGGUGGAGGAGUCCCGGGGGAUGCACGUGUGUGAAGACGCCGUGAAGAAGCUGAAGGCGGUGAGCGAGGGCUGGGCCGCGAGGGGGCAGGGCCGCACUGGAAGAGGCAGCCCUGACCCGGCCCUUUCUCCUCCUCCCCAACCCCAGAUGGGCCGGAAGUCCGUGAAGUCUGUGCUUUGGGUGUCAGCCGAUGGGCUCCGAGUGGUGGAUGACAAGACCAAGGACCUGCUGGUAGACCAGACCAUCGAAAAGGUCUCCUUUUGUGCCCCCGACCGCAACCUGGACAAGGCUUUCUCCUACAUCUGCCGCGACGGGACCACCCGCCGAUGGAUCUGCCACUGUUUCCUGGCGCUCAAGGACUCCGGCGAGAGGCUGAGCCACGCGGUGGGCUGUGCCUUCGCCGCCUGCCUGGAGCGGAAGCAGCGGCGGGAGAAGGAGUGCGGGGUCACGGCCGCCUUCGACGCCAGCCGCACCAGCUUCGCCCGGGAGGGCUCCUUCCGCCUGUCGGGCGGCGGCCGGCCGGCCGAGCGAGAGGCCUCCGAGAAAAAGAAAGCAGAGGCAGCAGCUGCCCCAACUGCGGCUCCUGGCCCUGCCCAGCCUGGGCACGUGUCCCCGACCCCGGCCACCACAUCCCCUGGGGAGAAGGGUGAGGCGGGCACCCCAGUGGCUGCGGGCACCAGUGCGGCCGCCAUCCCCCGCCGCCAUGCCCCCCUGGAGCAGCUGGUUCGCCAGGGUUCCUUCCGUGGGUUCCCAGCCCUCAGCCAGAAAAACUCACCUUUCAAACGGCAGCUGAGCCUACGGCUGAAUGAGCUACCGUCCACACUGCAGCGCCGCACCGACUUCCAGGUGAAAGGCACAGUGCCUGAGAUGGAGCCCCCUGGUGCCAGUGACAGUGACGGCAUCAAUGCCCUGUGCACUCAGAUCAGCUCAUCUUUCGCCAGUAGUGGAGCACCAGCGCCUGGGCCACCACCGGCCUCAGCAGGGACUUCUGCCUGGGGUGAGUCCUCCGUGCCCUCUGCAGCUGCCUUCCAGCCCGGGCACAAGCGGACCCCUUCGGAGGCGGAGCGGUGGCUGGAGGAGGUGUCCCAGGUGGCCAAAGCGCAGCAGCAGCAGCAGCAGCAGCAGCAGCAGCAGCAAGUGGCCUCAGUGCCCCCGGGGGCCCCCGCCCUGCAGCCCUUUACCGCCCCCGUGGGGCCCUUCGAUGCCACGCCUGCCCAGGUGGCCGUGUUCCUGCCGCCCCCACACAUGCAGCCCCCUUUUGUGCCCGCCUACCCGGGCCUGGGCUACCCGCCCAUGCCCCAGGUGCCCGUGGUGGGCAUCACCCCCUCACAGAUGGUGGCCAAUGCCUUCUGCUCAGCCGCCCAGCUCCAGCCCCAGCCAGCCACCUUGCUCGGGAAAGCCGGGGCCUUCCCGCCCCCCACCAUGCCCACUGCCCCAGGGGGCCAGGUCCGCCCACGCCCCAGUGGGGCACCCUGGCCCCCGGAACCGGCGCCUGCCCCGGCCCCCGAACUGGACCCCUUUGAGGCCCAGUGGGCAGCAUUAGAAGGCAAACCGGCUGGAGAGAAGCCUUCCAACCCCUUCUCGGGCGACCUGCAGAAGACCUUCGAGAUCGAACUGUAGCCCGAGCCGCCCUGCCCACCCCAGCAUCUCCAGGUGCCCACGCCUGGGAAUGGAGGCCCAACCUCUCCCUGGCCCUGGCCCCUGGGGCUGCGCCCCCCCCCAACACCCUCUCUAACCCCUUCCUGUGACCACCCCCCACAACCACUACAGAACCGACAUUGUAACGCCCAGGUUGCGACAGGAUGGAAUUCAGGGACGGACCCAGCCUGGCUAAGGGACCCAUUUCACUGCCAGACUUAGGCCGGCGGUGCCCUUCCCUCACCCCCCCUCCAACCCCAGACACGGUGGGAUAGCCACAGUCCCACUGAGUGCCCUCGGUUCAAUCUACAUUUCCCAGUUUCUGUUGUUGACUUUCCACCUUGCAGUGUUGGGUGGGAUGGAAAAGGGAGGCCCGCUUAGGGGCUCUUCUGGGCCCCCCACGAGUGCCCACCCCAAGUCCGGCCGUCCCCUCCCAGACACAGCACAAGCAAAGGGCUUCCCUCUGCCCACCUGCUGCGUUCACUGCCAAUGCUGUGCUCACCCCUAUCACCCCUCUCCCCCACUCGGGGGCCCACAUCUUCCUUGGGCCAAGGUCUCAUGGGGGCAGGGGCCAAGCUGGGGGCCCGGGAGGCGGGGUUGGGGGAAGAGGAAAGAGAUGCUCAGUUACCUCACGUCAGUGCCCGCUGGGGAGGGGUCCGGGAAGAAGGGGUGCCUGGCGGGUACUUUUCUAUCUUUUAUUUCCAGAUUUUUUUGUAUCUAAACUCACAGAUUUGUAUUAUACAAGGACAGCCAAUAAAGGAAGAAUAUA